GAGGAGGUGGGGCUGGGAGUGGGUCUGCCGGGACCUGGAGCCCCCUGAGUCGGCCCCCGGCUGCCUGGUGUCCCCUCUACCUCCUGGGCCCUGGAGCGUCCUGGCCUAGAGCAUGACCCCCGCUGGCCCCCCGCGCGUUGUGACCCCAGCUCGGAUCCCUGGCGCCUGGGACUUCUCCACCCAGGUGAACUCCUCCCCCCUCACCUCGCCCACGGGCCGGGGCUCCAUGGCCGCCCCCUCGCUGCACCCCUCACUGGGGCCCGGCCUCGGCGCCCCGCUCGGCUCCCCGGGACAGUUGCACUCGCCCAUCAGCACGCUGAGCUCCCCCAUCAACGGCAUGGGCCCGCCCUUCUCCGUCAUCAGCUCCCCCAUGGGCCCCCACUCCAUGUCCGUGCCCACCACGCCCACACUGGGCUUCGGCACCAGCAGCCCGCAGCUCAGCUCGCCCAUGAACCCCGUCAGCAGCACGGAGGACAUCAAGCCCCCGCUGGGCCUCAAUGGCGUCCUCAAGGUCCCGGCCCACCCCUCAGGGAACAUGGCGUCCUUCACCAAGCACAUCUGUGCCAUCUGCGGGGACCGCUCCUCAGGCAAGCACUACGGCGUGUACAGCUGCGAGGGCUGCAAAGGCUUCUUCAAGCGGACGGUGCGCAAGGACCUGACCUACACCUGCCGGGACAACAAGGACUGCCUGAUCGACAAGCGGCAGCGGAACCGCUGCCAGUACUGCCGCUACCAGAAGUGCCUGGCGAUGGGCAUGAAGCGGGAAGGUAGGCGCCGGGCCCUCCUUCCUGAGCCGCCCCCAGCCCUGCACCGGAAGCUUCGCCGCACUCUCGUGGCGGGUGGCUGCUUGCAUACCUCUUGGGAAGCAGUCCUUCCGGAAGGUGGGGGCUGGCGGUGGGCGUCUUCACUGCAGCGUUUCCGUUCCGGGGGCGCCAGGCAGGGGCACAGAGAUGCAGGGGACUGCCUGAUCGACAAGCGGCAGCGGAACCGCUGCCAGUACUGCCGCUACCAGAAGUGCCUGGCGAUGGGCAUGAAGCGGGAAGGGGACAGACGGGCCCAGCUGGCAGCGCCCACGGCGCCCACAGCAGAGGAGGCAGCAGGGCCCGUGCCCGCCAACCCGGACGCCCCUUCCCACAUGCUCGCCCUCAUGUCAGCGGGCCUCCUGAUGUUGGGCGCCAACGAGGACAUGCCGGUGGAGAAGAUCCUGGAGGCCGAGCUGGCCGUCGAGCCCAAGACGGAGACGUAUGUGGAGGCCAACAUGGGGCUGAACCCCAGCUCGGUGAGUGCCGCCGCCCACCCUGCCUCUGCGAGGGACCGUGGGCCCCGGCGAACGCCUCUGGGGAGGACCCAUCUGCCGGGCCGCCGAGGCGGUGCAGCCGGGCCCGGGCGCUGCCUUUCCGAUUCCUGGAAUCAGAGCCGGGACUUUGCCCUUAACCUUCAUGCUGCACGGGGGUCUCUGGCCUGUCGCCCAGUGGGUGACGGGGACCCCGCAUCCGGCCCAGGUUUGCAGGCAGCAUUACUUCUAGACUUCUGUGUCUCCCCUGGGCCCUGGGCUCAGGGCUCAGGCUCUGGGGCUGACCCCGAGGUUGUCCAGCCCGCCCUGACCGUUCUUCCCCUGGCUCAGUGGCCCAGGUCCUCCCACCCAACCCCAGGGCCUUUGCACAUGCUGCCCCUGCUGACUCCUCAGGCUUCAGUCUCAGCUACGGUGUCGCUUCCUCAGGGGGUCCUGCUCCUGCCAAGGUGGGCCUGGCCCUGUUGGGUUCCCAGGGGGAGGGUGUGGGACAGGUGGCUCACGCUGCCUUUGAAGGGUGAGAAGGGUUGGGCAGGGCUGGCUGGCGGGCCCCGGAGACCGCUGACUGAUCGCUCGCCUCCCCCAGGCUGGAACGAGCUGCUCAUCGCCUCCUUCUCGCACCGGUCCAUCGCCGUGAAGGACGGGAUCCUGCUCGCCACGGGGCUGCACGUGCACCGGAACAGCGCCCACAGCGCGGGGGUGGGCGCCAUCUUCGACAGGGUCCUGACGGAGCUGGUGUCUAAGAUGCGGGACAUGCACAUGGACAAGACGGAGCUGGGCUGCCUGCGCGCCAUCGUGCUCUUCUCCUCAGACUCCAAGGGGCUCUCGAACCCGGCCGAGGUGGAGGCGCUGCGGGAGAAGGUGUACGCGUCCCUGGAGGCGUACUGCAAGCACAAGUACCCGGAGCAGCCGGGCAGGUUCGCCAAGCUGCUGCUCCGCCUGCCGGCGCUGCGGUCCAUCGGCCUCAAGUGCCUGGAGCACCUCUUCUUCUUCAAGCUCAUCGGGGACACGCCCAUCGACACCUUCCUCAUGGAGAUGCUGGAGGCCCCGCACCAAAUGACUUAGGCCGGCCGCCCUUCAGCCGUUCUCCUCGGCUGAGCCCCGUCCCCGCCCCUCUGCCCGGCCUGUGUGGACUUCGGGGUGCAGCCUGUCACUGUUAAGCCUAAGAGAUGUGUUGCCACCCCCUC